CCAGCCCCGGCGGCGCAGGCGCACGGCGGCCCCGCGCCGAGGAAAACCCGGGAAGGAGGCCUGCGGGCGGGCGGGCGCGCGCGCGCCAGGGAGCGCGGCGGCAGGGGCGGGGCGAGGCGCGCGCCAUGGAACAGCGGUUAGCAGAGUUCCGGGAGGCCCGGAGGCGGGCCGGGCUGGCGGCCCAGCCUAGCACUUCGAGCCAGAGCGCAGGAGCCUCGGCAAAGAAGACUGAAGCAGCUGAGCCUCCAGAGGCAGCCCCAGGCUGGCUAACACGGUUCUGGGUGUGGAAACCGAGGGCCGCGAGCGCCCGAGUCCAGCCCGGCCUCGCUCAGGACGGGGCUCGGCCCGGCAGCAGCGCGGCCCGGCGCCCACAGGACCCAGCUGGCCCUCCACCCGCGCCUCCACCUGCGCCUCCGCCUGGGAACUGGUCUUUGCUGACCAACAUCACCUUCUUGAAGGUUCUCCUCUGGCUGGUGCUUCUGGGGCUGUUUGUGGAGCUGGAGUUCGGCCUGGUGUAUUUUGUCCUGUCCUUGUUCUACUGGAUGUACGUGGGCACCCGCGGUCCCGGAGAGAGGCGGGCCGGGGAGAAGAGCGCCUACUCCGUGUUCAACCCGGGCUGCACGCCCAUCCAGGGCACCCUGACGGCAGAGCAGCUGGAGCGCGAGCUGCUGCUGAGGCCCGCCGAGGGGCCGUAGCGCGCCGCUGCCCUGGACGGACGCGCACAAGACAGCUGGCCGCCAGCCCGGCCGCACCCUGCGUCCUUGCACCUCGGGACUUCGCCUCGUUUCUGGCGGAACUGUGAAUGACGCUCGCAGCGGGUCUGAUGCCAUUUAUAAAAAUUACGUUCUCCAGAAGGGAGGCCUGCUCGGCUCGUUAUUUGAGAGGGCCUGUGUGGAGUUGUCUGUUAAAGUACCCAGCCCUCCGAAGUGAUGCCUAGGCGCAUCAGGGCUGUCCAUCAACCAAAACUGUUCUCUCUAAAUCUUAUAGCAUUUUCUUCUCCUGGAAGUAUUUAUUUGGGGGGAGAGGGAGAGUUACUUGGUUUUGGUUUUGGUUGUUCUUCCUGCCUUAGUCCUCGCCUUUUCAGUCACGAAUGUUGCAAAACAAACUCCUAAAAUGUCUCCCUUUCAGAAGCAGGUCCUCUGUCCCAACCUCGCCAUCCGCCAUUCCCCACUCCGUAAGGAAGCUGAGAGCAGAGGGAGUCCUGGGCACCGAGAGGGGAUCCCGGAGACUCUACAGCUGGUUGAUCAGGAUAGCUUCGUCAGGAAAGAUUCUGGAAGAUUCUGGGUCCGAAGGCUGGGAGUGGCACUGCAGGCUUACUGGCUGCUGGGGGCGUGUCUUACUUAGAGAGAGCAGUGUCUUGGUCUGCAGCCCCUGGUGAAGAGUUACUUCAGCAACGCUCCUCAGGCCCAAGUUCAGGCCAGCAUCUUCCAUAAUGGUGUCGGAGUUCAGGUUCCUUACAAACCAUUAAAUACUUUAUGGAUCACAC